UCCUACAUAAACAUUAGAAAAUUAGGCAGGUUGUAGGUCAUGAAAAACAAGUGAUUUUUAUUACAGAGGUCAUUCCUAACUAAUCCAGGUAGCGGCGGUAUAACACCAAUUUCGAUUUUCCUUUGAAAAAAUCAUAGAAGAAGAAGAGCGCAUGGGGCUUAUAGAUGACAUGACGACAACCAAUCAGGUUCUUAAGCACCCGGAAAUAAUGCAAGUUUAAAUCUUGGGCGGCGAUUGCGUUGACUUUGGUAGGUAAGUUUGAUUAUGUCGUUUUUUGUCAGAGAUAAACAAACACAAUAAAGAGACUAGUGCGCUUCUAUGUUAGUUUUCAAUCUAUCGAUGAAAUGAAGAUUGUAGUGUCGACUACAGCACAGUAGCUGGACCGUGAGUUAGCUCGUUCACAAAAAGCCAACGUUACCUGAAUUUUGAUUUCUCGGUUACAGCAGCGAGAAGAAGCUAAAAUGGAGACCAGCCUGUCCAGACUUCUUGUUGGACUCUCUGUACAAAUCAGCCGCAGUGAUGGUCGAGUACAUCUGGCAACGGUGAAAUCCGUUGAUACCGUCAAGUCCACGGUUAUGGUAGAGUGGCAUGAGAGGAAUAUCUGUCGAGGGAAGGAGGUUGAAGUGAGCGAGUUGUGCACACUCAAUCCAGAGCUUCUAGACCAUAUAAACGCUGUCACCAGCAAAGCUGCUGACACACCACCUCCUGCUCCAGACAAGAAGUAUGAGGGUCGACUGCGGUCAUCCAGGAUUCCUGCUCCUUCCUCCUUUGCCAGUCGGUCUCAGUCCAGGCAGACGUGUUUGUUCCAGGCCCCAGCCCCUGUUGCAGCACCAGUCCCAGCCUCUGAGCCUUCACGGGGAAGCCUGGAGACAGUCCAGCCUGAUGUCCCCCCAUCAUCUGUCCUUACAAAUUCGGUGAUUCCUAAUCAGCAGCGUAGAAAGAAUGACACCAGCAAACCAGCACAGUCGCUGCCUUUUGUCUGUGAGGCCAAAAAGGAAAAUGAUGAACCUGAGAGAAUGCCUCCUCCACCUGCCGCCAAAGGCAGGAGAAAAUCUGUGGCUACCCAAGAGUUAAACAAAGGCAGCAAAAGGCUGUCUUGUGUUAUAAAGCCCCCUGAAAUGCAGACCAAGAGGGGAAAGUUUGGAGAGGCUUCUCGACCAAACCAAAAGUUUUACGAGAUGAUCCAAAGCUUCAGAGAGACCUUGGAAAUAAUCCCAAUAUCAACCACUGACCUGAUUGAAUCUCACAGGAUUUGUGUGUGUGUUCGCAAGCGGCCUCUUAACAAGCAAGAGCUUAAUAGGAAGGAGAUUGAUGUGGUGUCUGUACCUGGGAAUGGUUCACUACUGGUCCAUGAGCCAAAACAGAAGGUGGACCUCACCAAGUACUUGGACAACCAAGUCUUUCACUUUGACUACUCCUUUGAUGAGACCACCACCAACGACCUGGUCUACAAGUUCACAGCCAAACCUUUGGUGCAGUCCAUUUUUGAAGGUUGCAUGGCAACAUGUUUCGCCUAUGGCCAGACAGGAAGUGGAAAGACUCAUACGAUGGGAGGUGAUUUCACAGGGAAGCAGCAGAACAGUGCCAAAGGGAUUUAUGCCUUGGCAGCCCGGGAUGUUUUCACCUAUCUGAACCACAGGAGGUAUAAUAGCCUGGAUCUCUCUGCCUACGUCAGCUUCUUUGAGAUUUACAAUGGCAAAGUGUAUGACCUGCUGAACAAGAAGGCCAAGCUCCGUGUUCUGGAGGAUGAUCGACAGCAGGUUCAGGUGGUAGGCCUUGAGGAGGUCUAUGUGACCACAGCAGAGGAGGUCAUCAGGAUGAUACAGGCAGGCAGUGCAUGCAGAACAUCAGGCCAGACCUCAGCCAACGCCAACUCAUCUCGCUCUCAUGCAGUCCUCCAGAUUGUGCUACGGCGCAAUGACCGUGCGACCACGCUGCACGGCAAAUUUUCAUUGGUGGAUUUGGCUGGGAAUGAGCGUGGCACAGACGUCAGCAGCAAUGACCGCAGCACUUUGGUUGAGACUGCAGAGAUCAACCGCAGCUUGCUGGCUCUCAAGGAAUGCAUUCGUUCACUGGGAAAAAACAGUGAUCACAUUCCUUUCCGGAUGAGCACUUUGACCAAGGUCCUCAGGGAUUCCUUCAUUGGAGAAAAGUCCAGGACCUGCAUGAUUGCCAUGGUUUCUCCAGGCAUGGCUUCAUGUGAAUAUACAAUGAACACACUACGUUACGCUGACAGAGUGAAGGAACUGAAUGGCAAUUCCAAAGUCAGCGGAGUAGCUAAGGCACAAGAGCCUAUAAACAGCUCCUCAGAUGAGGAAUCUGUUGUGGACACCAAUGUGUAUGAUGCCAUAUCCCAGGUGGCAGAUCUGGAGGAGAAAAUUUAUAUAGAGUUCCAGAGGGGAAAUGAACUUUUCAAGGCAAUGGAACAAACCUCGUACAACAUCGAGACAGGACUUCCUGACCUGGUGGAUCAUUCGCGGAAGCUCUUGGACACAGUACUGGCUUUGCAGUCUGCUGUGGAUCAGGAGAGAAUGGCGAGGCUGAACCACUGAGAUGAACCCAAAAACCCAUCCAGACAAGCAAACAAACUUGUUUCUUGAAAAAGCAGUUCUUCUUUUAUUUUAUUGUAUCGUGUUGACUAUUAAAUAAAAUGUAUUCUAACACUAA